AUGUUCGUUUUUGGAGCUUACUGGUUCGACUGUGGUGAAAGAGCGGUCUUACCUGCAAAUAGCAGGGGCGCACUGCGCCCACAGUGCACCAGGCUGCGUUUCUGGCGUGGUCGAUACUGGCACCGCGGUGCUGUGUCCGCGUUGAGGCGCGUGCGGCCGCUCAGCGCUUCGACACCGUCGCCGCGGGUGCUCGACGGAUCGCAGUCGUUGGCGGAUACCCCCGACAACGUUCAGCAGUUGUUGCAGCACAUGAGUCAGGAGCUCGACAGCGUUGUUCAGAGUAUGGUGCAUCUCGAGGAGUACGCACUCGAGCAGGUCGAGAAGUUGAAAGGCGCCAUGGAAGCGGACCUACGAAAGCUAGCACUUUACGAGGAGGAGCAGGCCUUUGCACAGAAACUAACUGAGCAGCUCCAGAAAAAGGAAGGUGCUGUUUUUGAGGCGAUGCGUCAUUUUCUCUUCCAUGUCGUGGGCCUGCAGGAGCAGACGGUAGCGAUUACCAAUGAGCUGCAGGUGCUGCACGAAUUCGUGAGCGAGAAUCAUGAACGAGUCGAGCUCGUUCUCGAGUCUCUGCGGGAAAGGGGCCUAUUUGGAUCGCGCCAGGACGUUUUCGAGGGCGAGGUCAAGAAGAAACUCGACCGAUUCGACCCAGAAAUAUGA